UGCUCACAUGACAAAAAAAAAAAGGGGUCCCACUUGUUCAAGUCUCCUUCUCUUUCAGAUCUGAACCCAAUUCCUGGGUUUUGCUUUGAAUUUUAAGGUUCAAAUCCCCGUAGGAUUUCUGGGUCUGCUGUAUUUUUCUGGGUUUUGGUUGAAUACAGGCAUAGAUCAGAGAAAAGAGAGAUGGGGUUGAUGGGUAUCCAAGAAAAUGGGAGUGGUGAGAUGGGUUUGUCUGGUGUUUCUUUGGGAAGUAAGAACAAGUACAAGAGGAUGGAUUCUGAGCUCACAGAGGAUGGUGGUGAUGAUUCUUCACAACAUCAUCAUGAGCAGAAAAGGAGCAGAAGCAACAGUACCAAGAAAUAUGUUUUUGCUUGUGCUGUUUUUGCAUCCCUAAAUUCUGUUCUUCUUGGCUAUGAUGUGGGUGUUAUGAGUGGAGCAGUGCUAUUCAUCCAAGAAGAUCUGAAGAUAACAGAGGUGCAAGUGGAAAUUCUUGUUGGUUCUUUGAGCGUCAUCUCUCUUUUUGGUAGUUUAGCAGGUGGAAGAACAUCUGAUGCCAUCGGUAGAAAAUGGACAAUGGGAUUAGCUGCAAUUAUCUUUCAAACAGGUGCAGCUAUAAUGACUCUUGCUCCUUCAUUCGAAAUACUAAUGGUAGGAAGACUGUUGGCUGGGAUUGGGAUUGGCUUUGGAGUCAUGAUUGCCCCUGUCUACAUAGUUGAGAUAUCACCAACCAUUGCUAGAGGCUCCCUCACUUCAUUCCCAGAGAUCUUCAUAAAUAUUGGAAUCCUACUUGGUUAUGUCUCUAAUUAUGCAUUUUCAGGUCUUCCAGCACACACUAACUGGAGGAUAAUGCUUGCCGUGGGAGUUCUGCCCUCAGUCUUUAUUGCUUUUGCUCUGUGCAUAAUCCCCGAGUCACCAAGGUGGUUGGUCAUGCAGAACCGAGUGGAAGAAGCAAGAUCAGUGCUUUUGAAAACAAAUGAGAGUGAGGCAGAGGUGGAGGAGAGACUUGCAGAAAUACAAAUGGCUGCUGGAAAUACUACUGGAGAAAAGUACGAAGAGAAGGCUGUCUGGCGUGAGCUGUUGACUCCUUCUCCUGCAAUUCGCCGGAUGCUGGUCACUGGAUUUGGAAUCCAGUGUUUCCAGCAGAUUACAGGUAUUGAUGCUACGGUGUAUUACAGCCCCGAGAUUUUUAAAGAUGCUGGUAUUAAGGGCAACUCGACGCUUCUUGCUGCAACUGUUGCUGUGGGAGUUGCAAAGACUGUAUUCAUAUUGGUUGCUAUUUUUCUCAUUGACAAAGUUGGAAGAAAGCCACUGCUUUAUGUAAGCACAAUUGGCAUGACUGUGUGUUUGUUUAGUUUAGGUCUUUCACUGUCUUUACUGAGGGAAGGACCUGCUGGGAUUGGAUUGGUAGUAUUGUCAGUUUGUGGAAAUGUAGCUUUCUUUUCUGUUGGAAUUGGUCCGGUUUGCUGGGUUCUGACAUCCGAAAUCUUCCCUUUAAGGUUACGUGCUCAAGCAACAGCACUUGGGGCAGUGGGUAACAGAGUGUGCAGUGGCUUAGUUGCUAUGUCUUUUCUCUCUGUUUCUCGUGCAAUUACAGUGGCUGGAACCUUCUUCAUUUUUUCUGCAAUUUCAGCCCUUUCAGUUGCUUUUGUAUACGCAUUUGUUCCAGAAACAAAAGGAAAGUCUUUGGAGCAGAUUGAGUUGCUGUUUCAAAAUGAAUACGAGUGGCAAGGGAGUGAAGUGGAACUUGGAGAUGUUGAGCAUUUAGUGCAGAAACAAUAAGUCUCUGGUGGCUCAAUCCCAGACAUGAUGUACCUAUAGCUUUCUCACUGGCUUGAAAGACGAUGAGAAUAUAUGUGAUGUUUUUGUAAUAUUUAUACCAUUGUCCUUAGCUUGAACUAUCCCGGAGUUUCCUGUGCUCCGAUUUGAAGAGGAACUGUUGCCGGCAACUAUUGGCAGCAUCUAUGAUAAAAACAAAGUGAGCUUCCUUCAGCUGCAAGCUAUAGGAGAGCAUGUAGCAUGUUAUUUGAGUGUAUUUUAUGACAAUCACAAGUAUACAUGAACUUGUAUGAAGAAAAUGAGAUGUACAUUUAUUCCGCAAAAAAAAUCAAUAAAAGCAAAUGAAUUUAAUUGCAAACA